AUGCCUCACUCACGAAGAAAGUCAGGCGGCUACGUCUCUGCCACAUCAUCCGACGGCAACCGCAAGACCGUCGUCGCCUCUGACUUCACAAGAACCGUCCGCACUUCCGUGCCUCGCCGAUACACUCCCACAUCCUCUACAUCAUCAUCAUCACAAAAGAUUAGCAAGAUGGCAAAGCCUAAGGCUGAGGUCUACGACGACGAGGCCGAGAGCUUCCCCCAGUUUUGCAUGACCUGCGAGAAGCAAUUCGUCCCCAUCGACGACAAGUUCCUCUACUGCUCAGAAUCGUGCCGCCACAGCGACCAGUCCUCCACAUCAUCCGCCUCCUCUUCAACAUUAACCCUUGGCCUCUAUGGCUCGCACGACCACUCCGAAUUCCACUACCACGAGCCUGCCAGAGAUAUUAUUCCUCAAGCAUCACCAUCUCGCCCGACAUCGACUCUCUUUGCCAGCUCGCCCUCGAGCUACGACGAGUACCACUCGCACCACGAGAGUGCUGUUGAGGCCCUCCGCUACUCGCUGAACAACAUGGCUGUUCGACCUCCCUCGCCAGUAUCACCAACCAGCGGCAGCAUCUGGCCCUUCCGCAGAGCUAGUGCGGCUCCCUCGGUGUCCAGCAAUGAGGAUUCGUACCACAAGCCUGGAUACAUGACUUCAGCCACCUUCGACCCUGGUUACUACCACUACAACGGCGCUGCUGAGCGACCUCUGCCUACGAGACAACCAUACGGAUACUCGCGAAGCAAGAGCACCGAGCUGGUUACCCCGAUCCUGACCAGGUAA